AUGGCAAGUAAUAGUCGACGUCGGCUAAGUUUUGUCGAUUUUGCUCAUCCACAAGCAUGGCAUAAAUUAAUAGAAUAUGCUCAAGUUACAAUUGCUUUUACUAAAUUAAUUACUGAUUUUACCAAUCAAUGGGCUAAAAUAUGCUUUUUAGCAUCAUCACAAUUACAUCAACUUGUUAUUGAUUUUCGAAAGAAAACUGAAACUGAAAUACGUGGAAAAUGUCAACUUGGUGGUAUGAUGUACGAUUUAUGGGAAUCAUUAUUACUUGAAUCAGAAUUAGAAUCUCAAUCAUUGAAGAAAAUGGCAUGUUUAAUGGAAAAAGAAAUUUGUAUUCCAUUAGGAAGUUUUAUAACAAGUAAAAGUGUUCAAUUAUCUAUAAAUAAACAACAUCGUAGUGAUCUUAAUGAAAUUCUAGAAAAAAGUCAUGAAAUUGUUCGAGAGCUACAGGAAGAAUAUGCAAAGACCUAUAAUGAUUCUGGUGUAACACCAGAAUUUCAUCGUGCUCAUAAUUUGUAUGUGCUUGAAUUAACUGGUGUUAAUAGUCUUUUAUCAAAAUAUCAAUAUCAUAUUUUACCACAACUUCUUCAAGGAAUGGAACAAACACAAGUUGAAAUUAUUGAUACUGUUUGUCAAAAUUUACAAUUAAUUGCUUCUCUUAUACAAAAUUAUCAUGAACAACGUCACUGUAGUUUGGCAUCAUUUGUUGUAACAAGUACAGCAACAAAUCCAAAUGAAGAAUUAGAAAAUUAUAUAUGUUCAAUGAAUGAAACAAGUGGUGGUUCAUCAACGCCACCAGUACAUAUUGAAUUUGAAUCAUUUGUAUCUCCAGUUAAUACACGAAAUACAAUAAGUUCGCAUUAUUUAUCACCACAUACAACAUCAACGGAUCAAUUAAUUGUAUACGCUGCGCCAGUUAUUCAAUCUCAAUUAUCUUCACGUUGUAAACAAACAGGUGAACGUAUAAAAGAAAUUAAAAAAGAUAAAUCAACAUUGUUAACUAAUAUUUCGAAAACUCCCGUAAAACAAUCUCAACCCCAGCAACAGCAACAACCACAUGAAGAUCAACAACAGUAA